GGAGGAGGGAAGUAGGACUUCAACAUGGCGGCUGUGGUACUGGCUUCGGCUGCGGUGACGGCCUGGCCUGGGGCGGACAGAGUGGAAGGUGGUGGUGUUCGCUCUCCCUAGAGGCCGUCAGCGGGACCGAGCGUGGGAGGUCGGCGGCGCCAGCACCUUUCGGCUUCUGGGACGGCGGCGGCAGCGGCGGCAGGCUGUGUAGACGUCGGCCUCUCUUGCUGGAGUGAGAGCUCGGUGGGAACUGGAGGAUGCCCGGGAGGGGACCCAGGUGCGAGUCCGGAAGACCAACCAUAAAACCAACCAUCAGUUCAUCAUUAAUCAGAUUCUAAAUGGCUUCUAAGAAGUUGGGUGCAGAUUUUCAUGGGACUUUCAGUUACCUUGAUGAUGUCCCAUUUAAGAUAGGAGACAAAUUCAAAACACCAGCUAAAGUUGGUCUACCUAUUGGCUUCUCCCUGCCUGAUUGUUUGCAGGUUGUCAGAGAAGUACAGAGAGGAAGGGAGAGGGAUAGAGAGUUAGAAACAUCGAUGAGAGAGAAACAUCAAUCAGCUGCCUCCUGCACACCUCCUACUGAGGAUGUUCCCGCAACCAAGUAUGACUUCUCCUUGGAAAAGAAAACCAUUGAGUGGGCUGAAGAUAUUAAAAUCCAUGAAGCCCAGCGGGAAGCAGAGCGGAAGGCUGAGGAAGCAGAAGCUAAAGUGAAUUCUAAGAGUGGCCCAGAGGGAGAUAACAAAAUGAGCUUCUCCAAGACUCACAGUACAGCCACAAUGCCACCUCCUAUUAACCCCAUCCUUGCCACCUUACAGCACAACAGCAUCCUCACCCCGACUCGGUACAGCAGUACCAUGAAACAGAAAGUUCUCAGCCCACCCCACACAAAGGCAGAUUUCAAUCCUGCUGACUUUGAGUGUGAAGAAGACCCAUUUGAUAAUCUUGAGUUAAAAACUAUUGAUGAGAAGGAAGAACUGAGAAACAUUCUGGUAGGAACCACUGGACCCAUUAUGGCUCAGUUAUUGGACAGUAACUUGCCCAGAGGUGGCUCUGGAUCUGUGUUACAGGAUGAAGAAGUCCUGGCAUCCUUGGAGCGGGCAACACUAGAUUUCAAGCCUCUUCAUAAACCCAAUGGCUUUAUAACCUUACCACAGUUGGGCAACUGUGAAAAGAUGUCGCUGUCUUCCAAAGUGUCCCUCCCCCCCAUUCCUGCAGUAAGCAAUAUCAAAUCCCUGUCCUUCCCCAAACUUGACUCUGAUGACACUAAUCAGAAAACAGCCAAGCUGGCAAGCACUUUCCAUAGCACAUCCUGCCUCCGCAAUGGCACGUUCCAGAAUUCCCUAAAGCCUUCCACCCAAAGCAGUGCCAGUGAGCUCAGUGGGCAUCAGAGUCUUGGGCUUUCAACUUUGAACUUGGACAGUGGCACAGAAAUGCCAGCCCUGACCCCUUCUGAUAUGAUAUCCCAGAUGCCUUCCCUCUCUGUCUUGUCUGUGUGCACAGAAGAAUCGUCACCUCCAAAUACAGGUUCCACGGCCACACCUCCUAAAUUCUCAAUGUCACAAGUGCCCAACACUCCCAGCUGUCCCCAGGCUUAUUCUGAACUGCAGACGCUGUCCCCCAGUGAGCGGCAGUGUGUGGAGACAGUGGUCAACAUGGGCUACUCCUAUGAGUGUGUCCUGAGAGCCAUGAAGAAAAAAGGAGAGAAUAUUGAGCAGAUUCUCGACUAUCUCUUUGUACAUGGACAGCUCUGUGAGAAGGGCUUCGACCCUCUUUUAGUGGAAGAGGCUCUGGAAAUGCAUCAGUGUUCAGAGGAAAAGAUGCUGGAGUUUCUUCAGUUAAUGAGCAAAUUUAAGGAAAUGGGUUUUGAACUGAAAGACAUUAAGGAAGUUCUGCUAUUACACAACAAUGACCAGGACAAUGCUUUGGAAGACCUCAUGGCUCGGGCUGGAGCCAGCUGAGACCAGGCCCUGCCUAAACCCUGCCACGGAACCACCCCUGCAGGAGGCCCUGAGGAGCCCACCUGUGGGGAAGGAGAAGGGGCGCACGUCCAGAUUUUCUUUUGGGGGUGGAAGGUCAGGUGUGGAGACUGUUUGCCAGUCUCUAUGAGCCUAGGCCCUGAGCUGGGGAGAAAGUGGGGAAGAUUUGGCAUGUGAAUGCCCUUAGAACUGUCCUGGCUCCUUCCAUAUUAAAUGUAUUUGUAUUUUGAGAAGUGUCCUUCCCACCUUGGCCCUCCAGAGAGAUGUCUCUGGUUUUUCUGGGGUCUGUAUGUCCUCAGCUGAAACCUGGGCUGGCUGCCAAAAGGAGCCAGGGAGAAGAGGCUGGAGGGCCAGACUCAGUGCUGCUCUGGGGCUAGUUGCUUCCCUCCCCUGUACUGGUGGACUGAACUGUAAUACAGGUUGAGUGCAAUUGAAAGGUUCUUCCAGGGUUUUAUUUUUCCCCCCUUUUAACAAAGUCUCUUAGUGUUACACUGGUUCUGCAAUGUCACUGAGGUGCAAAGAAUGCCCUUUCCCCAUGGGGCCCUGAGUUUGCCUCUACUGCCAGGCAGUUACCAUGCUUCCCUGAUCCAGCCUGUUUCUUUCGGCUUGGUUUGGACCACAAUCCUCUGCUGCCAGGAUUUUAAAGCCCCUGCUCUAGGAAACAGUUGUCACAUUAAGAAAUCAUUGGCCCCUUCCCAGCACACUGAGUUGGGGAGAAACAGGCCAUGAUUUAGUUGCCCAGCACUAACUCCACCUCAGUUCUCUUUGGAGAACAGCCUCUCCCACCAGUCCCCUGCUCUAGGAUGACACAGCUAGUCAUAGAAAUCAGUCUCUUUGGUUUGUUUUGUAUUAUGCUGUACAUCAUUAAAUAUCUAAAUAUGGAGGAUAUACAGUCUUGAUUAAUCUAAAGUAAUUUGCUAAUAACUAUUUUGAUUCUUCAGAGAAAACUAAUAAAAAUCUAAAAGGUA